AGAGGCACAUGACCAGCGGAGGGCCAGCAUAAACCAGCAAAUGAAAAGCUUUAACCAGCAUCCCAGCUUCAAAACAUACAUAACCAGCAUACUAGCUCAGCCAGACUGGGAGACCAGCUUAAACCAGCUAAGACCAGCCAACCAGUUUAGGCUGGUUUUGGUUGUUGCUUGGCAUUGUUUACAUGCUUCUGGGAGUUACUAAAAUGUUCUUACAUUUUCUUAACAUGCUUUAAUAUGUGGAGUAUUGUUAUCUUUUUUUUUUAGGUUGUUUAUAUCAUUUUGUAACAUCGUUAGCAAGCUUCUAGCAUGUUGUCAACACAUUUAGUACAUUGCUAGCAUGGUAAACAUGUUGAUAGCAUGUUUAUUGUAAAAUAUAUCACAUUUCUAGCAUUUUUGACAUGUUGCUAACAUGUCUCUAGUAUAUCUUAGCACAUUACUAGCAUGAUUUAGUAUGUUGCUACAAUGUUUGAACAUGUUGCUAAGCACUUUAGCACUUUGCCAGAAUGAUUUAGCAUGUUUCUAACAUGUUUUAGCACAUCGCUAGCAUGAUUUAACCUGUUUGUCGGCAUGUUUCUAAGUCACCUUUAUUUAUAUAGUGCUUUAAACAGUUUCUAACAUGUUCUAGCAAGUUGCUACCAUAAUUUAGCACAUUGCAUAUUUCAAUUUUUUUUUAAACAUUUUGAUAUUUGAAAAAGUUUCUGGCAUGUUUAAACACUGCUAGCAUGUUUUAGCAUGUUACUAACAUGUUGUAGCGCAUUACUAGCAUUAUUUAACACGUUGAUUGACAGAUGAUGAAACAAAUACAGGAAAACUCUAAUUCUGAUCAGUCGUAAAAAAUACAGCACACUGUGAGAAAUUCCUAAAAAGCUGAGCCUAGUUUGGACGAGUUACUUUUAGUACUUGUUAGUAACUGUUAGUAAUUUUAGGAAAAUCUUAAAUCAGUUUGCUUUGUUAAACGAAUAAGUGUUAAUUUGACCAGUUUAAUGUGCAGUAAAUAUCACUGCUCUUUAAAUUUUAUUGUGUACAUCAGUCAUAGGACUGUAUUCACGAGAAUCAGAGAGCACGAACAAGAAGAUGAGCAGAGGACAGUGCUGGGGUUUGUUUGCCCGGUUUAAUAUUCAGGUCACGGCAGGAUGCUGUAACUGUACCUGUGAGUCUGCAGACGCCAAGCAGAGAAAGGAAAAAUACAACAGAGAUGAAAAGAGAUGGAGAGACUUUUGACAGUGCAUCUGUAGAACAGAUAUAAGAACAGAUGAAAGAAAUAUUCCAGUUUCACAUUCCUGGUGCAGCUUAGUAGCACACUAUGAUGGGACUCCAGAUGAGCUUUCUGUCCACAGGACGUGGUUGAAGAGGCGGUGCUGUUGCUCCUCAUCACAGAAUCGAUGGCCAGCGGCGAGGCGGUGAUCAGCCGCUCACCGGAGCAUCAGGAGGUGAGGGAGAGCAGCAUGCAGGACAUCUCCUCCAUCUAUGACCUGCUGAGCGUCGCCAUGGCCAGGAGGGGGCAGUAUGCACUCCUGUCAGAGUGUUUGGAGCGGGCCAUGAAGUUCUCCUAUAGUGAGUUUCAUCUUUGGUAUCAGCUUGGCUUGUCUUUGAUGGCAAGUGGGAAGAAUGAGGGUGCAGUGUCAGUGUUUAAAGAGUGUGUGACAAUGAGACCGCAGGACCCCAUCCCACCUCUGCUUGCAGCAAAAGUGUGCAUCAACCAGCUGCACUGGCUGGAGGAAGCAGUGACCCUCUCAGCAGGUGUGGUUGCAUUAGGAGAGUGUGCUGGGGAGUCUCUUCCUCGAGCUCAUCUGGCCAUCGGUCUGUGCUGUAGUCUGCAGGCCUCUGACGCUCCGCUGAAAGCUGAUCGCGAUGAGUUCAACAGAAGAGCGCUGCAGUCACUACAGAAAGCACAUGCCCUGGACCCUGAGGACCCUCAGAUCUCCUUCUACCUCUCUCUGCAGCUCGCUCUGGUCCGACAGGUGUCAGAAGCGAUGGAGUCGUUGCAGUUGGCUCUGAAUAUUCAUGGGGAUGAUCUGCACUCUCUACACCUGCUGACUCUACUGCUCAGUGCCCAGAAACACUACCAGCACGCCCUUGAUACGCUUAAACUCGCCGUUCUCCAGCACCCGGACAACUUUAACCUUCUGUUUACCAAAGUGAAGCUGGAGGAGGUUUUGUUGGGCCCCGCUGCUGCUUUACAGACCUGUACAGAAAUGCUGCAGCUGUGGCAGAGUCGCUAUGAUGUCACCCGUCUCAGCGAGGAGGAUGACACUAGCAGCAUUCCUCCUGAUCCAGGCCCGCUGUGCAGGAAACCCAGCGGCCUCCAUCUCAUGCUCCCAGACUUCCAGGAGACAGACACCGGGUCUCAGAGCGCCCCGUCUCUAGCUGUGUCCCGUCUGGAGCAGGCCAUGUCCGAGGUGUCGGCCCUUAGCUCCACCCACAGGCAUGGCCCCGCCUACAUUUGGACAACCCUGGAACGCAUCUGGCUGCAAGCAGGAGAGUUGUUCAUGGCUGACGGACGGAUGAAGGAAGCUCAGUUCUGUGUGCAGGAGGCAGGAACUCUCUUCCCCGCCUCACACUCAGUGCUGCUGCUCAAGGGCCGCGUGGCCGAGCUCAGGGGCAACGACACGGAGGCCAAGAGCCUGUAUGAUGAAGCUCUCGCCAUCAACCCCAGAGGACACCACAUACUGCUGCACCUGGGGAAGUUGUUGGUGCGCACAGGCCGUGUGGGUCUUGGGGAGAAGAUGCUGAGGGAUGCGAUACAGGUGGAGAACACGGCACACGAGGCCUGGAGCGGUCUAGGGGAGGCACUGCAGAGCAGAGGCAGUGCACAGGCUCCGGACUGCUUCCUGACCGCACUGGAGCUAGAGUCCAGCUGCCCUAUACGGCCCUUCACCAUCAUCCCCCGAGAACUCUGACACGCUCAUACAUGUGUGUAUGACUCACAGGAGCCAAUGCUGUUCUUCAAUCACUUUAAUGACACAUACUGUAAAACAAUAGCAUUGCACAUUUAGGCUUUUUAUUGUAUUGAAAGGCAAUGUUCUAAAGCUGUGGUCACAUUAGCAAAUAUCAGUACCAUAUUUUCUGGACUAUAAGUCGCACUUUUUUUCAUAGUUUGGCUGGUCCUGCGACUUAUAGUCAGGUGCGACGAAUUUAUCAAAAUUAAUUUGACAAGUACCGA